UGUCAGUAAGUGGCUACCUGCUAGGAGUAUAUAUAUAUACAACCAAACACCUCUCACUGGAAUCACCAUCACUGAAAGUUCACGAUCAAGUUUCCAAUCCGGAGUUGCAUCUACGGUCAAGUUUUCUAAAGUAACUGUUAGUCUCUAGUUAAGGAAAUUAAAGGUAUGAUGAGGGUAUGCAUAGUUUUAAUGAGCUUAUUAAGCCUGUUAAGCAUUGAAGCUUAUGAAGUUGGACUCACUUUUCUGGACAGUGCUGUUGCUCAAGGAGCUGUUUGUUUGGAUGGAAGUGCCCCUGCAUAUCAUAUGGACAAGGGAUUCGGUGCAGGAAUCGACAACUGGUUGGUUUUCUUUGAGGGAGGAGGUUGGUGCAACAAUGUCACGAAUUGCCUUGCCCGUAGAGAUACGCGUUUAGGUUCUUCCAAGAAAAUGUUAACAACCGAGACCUUCUCAGGGAUGUUCCAUAACAAGCCUAAAUAUAACCCAGAUUUUUACGAUUGGAAUAGAAUCAAGGUUCGGUAUUGUGAUGGAGCUUCUUUUACCGGCGAUGUGGAAGCAGUUGAUCCUAAAACCAAUCUUCACUUCAGAGGAGCAAGGAUUUUCCGAGCUGUUAUUGAAGAUUUAUUAGCUAAAGGAAUGAAGAACGCCAAGAAUGCCAUGCUUGCUGGCUGUUCAGCUGGUGGACUCACUUCCAUACUGCAGUGUGAUAACUUCAGAUCACUUUUACCUGCAACCACUAAAGUGAAAUGCCUUUCGGAUGCUGGUUUCUUCAUUAACGCAAAGACGAUUAUUGGAACAAGUCACAUUGAAGGCUUCUACGCAGAUGUUGUUAGGACACAUGGAUCGGCUAAAGUUUUAUCUCCGGCCUGCACUGCAAAAAUGAGUCCUGGUUUGUGUUUUUUCCCGCAAAAUAUGGUUGAAUACAUUAAAACACCAAUUUUUUUGAUAAACGCCGCUUAUGAUUCAUGGCAGGUGAAAAAUAUAUUGGCUCCAGGGGUUGCUGAUCGAAAAGGCACCUGGCGCGAAUGCAAACUUGAUAUAACAAAGUGUUCGUCUGCUCAACUCAAUAUCCUUCAAGGGUACAGACAAGAGUUUCUGAAGGCGUUGACUGGAUUCGGUAAUUCUCCAUCGAGAGGAAUGUUCAUCAACUCUUGUUAUUCACAUUGUCAAACUGGAACUCAAGAAACAUGGCUGAGAAAUGAUUCUCCAUUGUUAAGCAACACGACAAUUGCAAAAGCGGUUGGAGACUGGUACUAUGAGCGAGGUACAUUUCAAAAGAUAGAUUGUCCAUACCCAUGUGAUAAAACAUGCCACAAUCGUGUUUUUGAGUAGAAGUUGGCAUUGUUUGUUGAUAUUGAAGAAUGGAUACAAAGAGCAUGGAAGCUAAUUUGUAUACAUGGGUAUAGAGGGAUGCGUAUAUCGAAUGGUUCAACUUCCUAGAAUAGUGGAAGGGUUUUAGUUAUAAAGUUUAAGAAAUUCAGUCCAUUGAUGUAAGAUAUCACCAAAAUGUUGUGUUGGUGUGUUCAUUGUUCAUUUGUUCUUUUAUAUAAUUCUAAUCAAUAAAAUGAUGUUCUUAUGUAAA